GGCGGCUGAGGCUUUUUUCCUCUCUUUCUUUUUAUUACUCUGUCAUAAUCCCCAGAUUGGAGGGUUCUUGGCGGAUGAGGAGCUCCCUCUUUCCGGCGGGUCAGACCCCAUCUAGAUCUUAGAAACGGAGAGCCAUGGCGGCGGCGGCCGAUGGAUUCAGGACUCUGGACGAGAAAUCCGUCGUGGAUUACAUCAAGGCGACGCCCACACUCCACGCACAGCUAGGGAACCAGCUGGACGGCCUCGUCGUCAAAGAAGUCGGCGACGGGAACCUCAACUUCGUCUACAUCGUCGUCGGCCCUGCCGGAUCCUUGGUCAUCAAGCAGGCUCUUCCAUACAUUCGCUGCAUAGGCGAAUCGUGGCCGAUGACAAAGGAGCGUGCAUAUUUUGAGGCAUUGGCAUUAAAAGAGCAUGGUCGUUGGUCUCCAGAUCAUGUACCAGAAGUUUACCAUUUUGACCGGCCUAUGUCUUUGAUUGCCAUGCGCUACUUGAAGCCACCACACAUAAUUUUGCGGAAAGGAUUGAUUGCUGGAAUUGAAUAUCCAUUGCUUGCUCAACAUAUGUCAGACUACAUGGCAAAGACACUUUUCUUCACAUCUCUUCUUUAUCAUUCGACAUUAGACCACAGACAUGCAGUUGCAGAAUUUUGUGGAAAUGUGGAGCUUUGUAGGCUCACUGAGCAGGUUAUCUUUUCAGACCCAUAUAGGGUGGCUCAGUAUAAUCGUUGGACUUCUCCUUACCUUGAUCAUGAUGCUGAGGCAGUUCGAGAAGACGACACUUUAAAGAUUGAAGUGGCCGAGUUGAAAUCUAAUUUCUGUGAGAGGGCACAAGCCCUAAUUCAUGGAGAUCUUCAUACUGGUUCUAUCAUGGUGACUGGUGAUUCUACCCAGGUCAUUGAUCCAGAGUUUGCUUUUUAUGGACCCAUGGGGUUUGACAUAGGAGCCUUUUUAGGAAACCUAAUAUUGGCCUUCUUUGCACAAGAUGGGCAUGCUGAUAAGGGGAAUGACCGUCAAGCAUACAAACAGUGGAUUUUGAAGACGACUGAAGAAACUUGGAAUCUUUUUCAGAAGAAGUUCAUUUCACUCUGGGAUGAACACAAGGAUGGGAAUGGUGAGGCAUAUCCCGUGUCUAUAUACAACAAGCCUGAACUUCAACUCCUUGUCCAGAAGAGGUACAUGGCAGGUUUAUUCCAUGAUGCUCUAGGAUUUGGUGCUGCUAAAAUGAUAAGGAGGAUAGUAGGAGUAGCUCAUGUUGAAGAUUUUGAAUCAAUUGCUGAUGCUAGCAAGCGAGCAUAUUGUGAGCGCCGUGCCCUUGACUUUGCUAAAAUGCUUCUCAAGGAAAGACGCCGAUUCCAAUCUAUCAAUCAAGUCAUUUCGGCGAUCCAGGAGAUUCCAGCUUGCUAGGUCUUCUUCCCUUUGAGGAACAUUGGUGGUGAGAGUAAUAUUAAGCUGUGGUUUGAUAAGACGUUGCUCCCUUUCCCCUCAAUGUAUGCUUAAGGUGAAUGCUUGACCACACCGUCAAAAUAGAGGUAUUAGUUGUUUGUAAUCAUAACGUUAUGUCACAUGCAGUUCCUACGGAAUUCAGAUGUGAGUAGUUGGUGCAACAUGGAUUUAUCAAACCUAGGUGUUUGGUUAUGUAC